AGCUGUGGUAGUUUGAUCUGAGUGUGAAAAUGGCAGAAAAUGGUAAGAAGAGUGUUUGUGUGACCGGAGCUGGAGGCUACGUGGCAUCGUGGCUCAUCAAGCUUCUUCUCUCUAACGGCUACACUGUUCACGGCACUGUCAGAAAUCCAGGCGAUGAGAAAAAUGGGCAUUUGUGGAAGCUUGAAAAUGCAACUGAAAAUCUCAAACUCUUCAAGGCAGAUUUGUUCGAUUUGGAUUCAAUUCUUGCAGCUGUAAAAGGAUGUGAUGGAGUUUUCCAUGUUGCUAGCCCUUCUACUACUUCCGGCCCCAACCCCGAGGUUGAUAUAGUUGAGCCUGCCAUGAAAGGCACCCUGAAUGUGCUCAAAGCAUGCUCCGGAGCCAAGGUGCGACGAGUGGUGCUCGUCUCGUCGAUUGUUGCGGUCGUGAUAAACCCUAGUUUCCCUAAGGACAAGGUGUUGGACGAGGCUUGUUGGUCCGACAAGGAAUUCUGCCGGAACACUAAUAAUUGGUAUUGUUUCUCCAAAAUAGCAGCUGAGGCUGAGGCGUGGGCCUAUGCAGACACAAAUGGGCUUGACUUGGUUUCCGUUUGCCCCGGCAUCAUCCUCGGCCCCAUGCUCCAACAUACCCCAAACGCUAGCACUUUCAUCUUGCUUGACUUGUUCAAAGGAGGGGACGAAGCAAUGGAAAACAAUUUGCGUGUAAUAGUAGAUGUACGUGAUGUAGCCGAAGCUAUGAAAUUAAUAUACGAGAGACCUAAUGCCCAAGGUCGAUACAUAUGCACUUCUCAUAUGAUAAAAAACGAGGAUUUGGUGCAAGAUUUGAAGGAGAUUUAUCCUCACCAUAACUAUCCCAAAAGUUUCAAACAAGGCAGGGGCGUGCCACAAGUGAGUUCGGAGAAACUACAGGGACUUGGUUGGAAAUAUAGGACGUUGAAAGAAACUCUUGUUGAUUCUGUCGAGAAUUGCAAACAAAUUGGCCUUCUCUAAAUUCUAAUCACUUCAAAUUAUGUUGUCCUAUUGCUGUACUCUAAAAUGAAUCAUUGUUGUAAACUGUUUGAGCCAAAAAUAUAUUCUAUCUUUACUUAGAGCUACGGAAAAUAAUUUUAUUUUAUUUUUUCA